CAAGAUUUCCUUCACAUGCGGAGCCUCUUAGUCCUCUCAUAGACGUUCCGUGUAUGUCAUCUUGGCGGUGACCCGAGGACAGGAUGGAUGUACCGGGUGAUGGAAUGAACUUUUCUCACCAGCAUGAUGACCGUCUGCGCGGAGGGCCGGUCCAGCAGAAUCCGGACUGGUACAAGCUAGCUCCGCCGCCAAAAGGCGAGAAUACUCCACCCAAUAUGAACUCGCCCCCACAGCAACCUCAGGUACACUCACCGCCCCCCGAGGCCGAGAAGGAGUUAGAAAAGGACGAGGAUGAGGAUGGAGACGAGAACAAGGAUAGAGGCAACUGGUCCAACCACUUCGAUUUCUUGCUAUCGUGUCUCGGGUACGCUGUGGGCCUUGGUAACGUUUGGAGGUUUCCGUACCUUUGCUACAGGAAUGGUGGAGGAGCAUUCUUCAUCCCUUACAUCAUCAUGUUGACCUUUGUGGGUGUACCCAUCUUCUUUCUGGAGCUCUCCCUAGGCCAAUUUUCGAGCAGCGGACCAUUAACAUGCUGGAGAUUCGCCCCCAUGUUCACAGGCAUUGGCAUUGGUAUGGUAAUAGUCUCAGGCUUGGUAGCCAUCUACUACAACAUGAUAAUCGCCUGGUCUUUCUACUACCUCUUCGCCUCAUUCACCGCUCAUCUACCCUGGGAGGGCUGCUAUAACUGGUGGAACACAGAUAUGUGCUAUACGCGUAUCCCUGACGUGAACUGCACAGAAGUUGACGCCAUCAAAUACAACAAUGGCACGUGCUACAACCAAUCCACCAAUCAGAUAACUGGGCUAUGGUCUGCUGCGUUGGCAAAGAACAACAGCAUAAACAGGAAGACCGCAUCAGAGGAAUAUUACGAAAACUACAUCCUCGGUCUCUCAUCGGGAGUGGAUGAAAUUGGGCAGAUCAGGUGGCAGUUGGUUCUCGCACUAAUCGUCGCGUGGAUAGUGGUCUUCCUAUGCCUGUGUAAAGGAGUCAAAUCAUCUGGAAAGGUUGUAUAUUUCACUGCCUUGUUCCCGUACCUGGUGCUCGUCAUCCUCCUUAUCAGAGGAGUGUUGCUUGAAGGACACAUUGAGGGCAUCAAGUUCUAUAUAACACCACAGAUAGACAGGCUUGGAGAUGCACAGGUAUGGAUCGACGCUGCCGUCCAGAUCUUUUUCUCACUUUCUGCAUGUUGGGGAGGACUUAUUACGCUAGCAAGUUACAACAGAUUCCAGAACAACUGUUUGAGAGAUGCGCUGAUCGUAUCACUUGGUAACUGCCUUACGAGUAUCUUCGCGGGAUUCGUCAUCUUCUCCUUCUUGGGAUAUUUGGCCAAAGAACUGAAUACGACGGUAGAUAAUGUGGCUCAGAGUGGUGCUGGCUUGGCGUUUGUGGUCUAUCCUGAUGCUGUGACCCGAAUGCCCAUCUCUCCACUUUGGGCUAUCUUAUUCUUUGUCAUGUUGAUAACUCUCGGCCUGGACAGUCAGUUCACCCUGAUGGAGACUGUAGUGACCGCACUGAUCGAUCGUUUCCCUGACAAGCUCCGCAAAAGAAAAACAUGGGUCAUUCUUGUGCUCUCUCUCGUCUUAUUCGUCCUUGGUCUGUUGCUCUGUACAAACGGUGGGGUCUACUGGUUGCAGCUGAUGGAUACAUAUGCCGGUGGCUGGUCCGUCCUGCUCAUCGGCCUCUGCGAAACUUUGACCCUGUCGUGGGUAUAUGGAUGGAACCGUCUUUUCAAGGACAUCAAGAUUAUGAUUGGUCCCACCGUACUAUUGAGUGGUAUCUUGCCUUGGUGGUGGAGGAUCUGUUGGGGUGUAUUGACCCCGGGCAUCAUUCUGUUUGUUCUGCUGUUCUCGUGGAUUGACUAUUCGCCGGCCAAAUAUGGCGAUUACGUCUUCCCGGAGUGGGCCAAUAUAUUAGGGUGGAUGAUGUCCCUGUCCGUGGUCAUCUUUAUACCAAUCUAUGCCAUCUAUUCCCUGUGCACUGUUUCGGGAACUUUUCUUGAGAGGCUGAAGAAGGUUACGAGGCCUGCAGACGACUGGGGCCCGGCCUUGGUCAAACAUCGCCGACUUGUCACCUAUGUCCCCGGCUUUAUGAUUGACCCAAGCAACCCAUCUUCACCGGAGAACUAUGAAUAUCAUCAAGCUCAGAAUGCAAAAAAGGAUGGCCCAGUGGAAUAUGCGGAUUCUUUGACUGAAAAAGGAUGCCAGUUUGAUGCUCAGUUUGUGAACCCCGCCUUUGAUGAUAAGGACUAACCAGGAGGAGAAGAACGAGGGAGUCAUUCUCCAAGAAGAUCAAAGGACUUUUUCUCACACAGAGUUCCAUUAUACUGGGAGGUCCCGGAUGUGGCACAGGCACGUGAUGAAAUAAACAAGGAAUUUUUUUUGCACCUGUUUAGACAGUAUAUUAUAUUGUAUAUUGUAAUUUCAUGUAUGUAUGUAUUUGUUAAAUGCACUAUUUUGUCGUACCGAUGCCUCUGUGCAUUCUGUAAUAAUUAUGAUAAAUUUUGAUUUGAUAAGAUUUCACGAUAUCCGAAAAUGAAGAAUCAAUUAUAUGUAGCUAUCGACCAGUCCCCACAAAAACCACAGAAAAUACACGGUAUAACCCUGACACUUGCGUUAUUUUCAGAUCAUGUGUCUCAGUAUUCGGGUCUGAUUGAUCAUUGUGAUUCUCGUAUCUUCAAGCGCCUGUGAGCAACAUGUAUUUCACGAAUCCCUUAUAUUCAUAUGGGAAUGAUAUGUCCUACAUAUCAACUUCUCGACAAUGUCUCAUUAAAAAGGGUAUGACUGGGGAGAAUUAGCUCUUUCAUUAUGUAUACACGAGAAGGCUUGUUCGACGACAUUACAGGAAAACGGGCGUGGGAUGCUGUUGUGCAAAACCCCGAAGGCAAAAAUAGCAAACUCUGGCGAUAAACCGCUGCAAAAGUUUUUUUACUAAACCGCUGUAGUGAAUUCAGUCCUUUACAUGUAAAUAAGCAACAGUACACUAGUAUUAGAUAUCAAUUAGGCACCCGUACAAGCUUGGCGUUGUCACUGCUGUCAAAACAGGGAAACUGUCCCUGUAGUUCCGUCCUUUUGAUUAAACAUGCGGUGUCUGCCGUUUUGAUGCCUCACUAAAAUUUCUCUGUGAUCAUGACUGCACGUGUUUGUCGUGGUGACAAUCUGACCAUAACCAUAUGGCUUUUAUAAAUACUAGAUAGCUUUAUGAUAUAUUAUAUUAUGGCUUGAUUUAAGUACAUGUAUAUUAAAUAAGUUGGACCCCUCUUAUCACAGGCUUUCAUGCACUAGCGGUGUAGAAGUUUUAAAUGUCCUAGGAUAGAAUGUCUGGGGAACGAAGGAUUCUAUAAUGCGCUUUAAUCUCUGGGCUCUUGACGGCGAUGGCGUCUUUAGAACCGUAUACAUGUACAUGUACCAUAAUCCGGCAGAAAACAAUAGAGCCGGACAAUUUUCCAGGGGGACAUUUUCUACUUCCACACCGGUCUGUCGGUGCUGCGCGUGCGUCAGGAAGUCUCCUCUUUCUUUUCUGACGCAAAACGCCGAUAUAUCGGCAUGAUAUUUCUAAAAAAUAUAUUUUCGUUUAAAUGACAAAUUUUUGAUAGUCCUCAUGCUAAGGAGAUAUGUACAUGUACAUGUACAUAGAUUUCUCAUGAUUCAUUCAUCUGUUUUUAUGCUGAAUGAAUUAGUUAGAGAAUUUCGUGAGUAAAAUAGUCGCGAGAUUGGACGUGAACAAGGGUGGUCAUGAAGAAACCCUUUAUGAUGAUACUGAAAAUGCUGACAAGCUCCAGCAAACUCGAAUUGAGUAAUCAGACGGAACGUCAAAGUGUUAUUCGUGUGUAAACGAUUUAGCUGCUUUGAAGGUAUACCAAAAUACAUGUAUCGUUACAUUUUCGUUUAGAAGACAUAUUACAUAGGCCUAUGCAGCAAAUUGUUGUCUACAUGUACAUGUAUAUAAAUCUGUUUUGGGUGUAUAUGUACAUAGGCCUACAUUUUACGAAUGAUGAAUUAACCCAAUAGUGUUUUAUAUUUUGUACAAUUUCAUGUCUUUGACACCACGACUGAUCAUUUUGAUCGAAAGACACUAUUGAUUUGUUCAACCCAUGCCCAGAGCAUUCAUUUUCUUUUCUCUAAGAUUUGUUGUACCAUGGGACUGCUACAUGUAUUAAAAUGUAAUGUACAUACAGAGAAUCGCUUCAUUGAUAUCUCUUUGUUACACGCAAAUACCCAGAAGUAUUAAGGUAGCAGUACGAAAUAAAGAUAGGGUCGAUGAUAUCAAGCUUGACCUGAUGACUGUGUUUGUGUAUGUAGAAAGAAAAACGGUACAUUCCUCUGCGAUACUUUUGGAAUUUAGACAGUCAGUGCACGGUUCGCGUGCAGUGUGGCAAAACUAUAGGCUUUUUCAAUCUUAAAUAUUAACGAUUUGUGGACAGUUUUGUACCACCCGUUUUAUUUGUGACGAAUGUUGGUGCUCUUUGAUGAUUUGCCUGGCGAAGAUAAUGACAUAUUACAGCUCCAAAGCAACUGUCUGUGAUUUCAAAAUCCAUUGAAAUCUCGAAUUCGGAUGACUUAGUGACAGAUCAAAAGGCAAACCAAUUAUAUAAGAAUGUAUUGCGAAACCAACCUGAUAAAUCGAAAGAUUAGAAUGA